AUGCCGCUGAUGGAGUCAGAAGCCGCUGGGUCUGCAGGCGAACUGCAGACUCUCCCGUUUCCUCCAGUUACUCAUUCCCACAUCCUCCAUUGCUCAUAUCAUUUCUGGCACCCACUAUACCGAACAAUAACCCCAAAGGCCCGUUUAAUCCCUCUCACCGAUCCUUUCCUCUCAUACCUCCGUCAGGACGGUAUUGUCCUCCCACCAGAGGAUAACGCACGAUCCGGCCUCGCAGACGACGACAGCGGGAUAUACUCUUUCUCCGAAGCAUCCGAAGAUGAAGAUGAUGAAGAGGAUGAUCCAUCUACCGAGUGGAGAGAAAUCCAUUCGCAGAUCAGAGCCACGAUCGCCGAGCUCGGCGGCAAAGUGACUCCCAAACUGAACUGGAGCGCCCCGAAAGACGCAACCUGGAUCACAGCUACAAAUGAUCUCCAAUGCCAAUCCGCCAACGAUAUAUAUCUUCUGCUCAAGAGCAGCGACUUCGUCACUCAUGACCUGGAACACGCUUUCGAUGACUGCGUCCCAGACGUCGAAGCCACAACACCCGACCCUCCACAGGUUCCCUACCACCUCAUCCUCCGCAAAUACGUCAACUUCAACCCGUCCCUGGAAUUCCGCUGCUUCGUGCGUAAUCGAACGCUACUAUGCAUUUGUCAACGAGACCUCAACCAUUUCGACUUCCUCUUCCCGCUCCGCGACACCCUGCGGUCGAGAAUCCAGACCUUCUUCGAUGAGAAACUAAAGAACACAUUUCCCGAUCCGAACUUCGUCUUCGACGUAUACAUUCCCCCGCCUCAUGAGCGGGCGUGGCUCAUUGAUGUGAAUCCCUGGGCAAUCAGGACGGAUCCGUUAUUAUUCAGCUGGAUGGAGAUCCUACACAUGAAGGAUCCGAUAGGAAUCAAAGAAGACGAGCACGAAGAGCAGGAAGAAGAAGGUCUAGAAGAGGGCGUUGUGAGAUUAUCCAUACGUCCAUCCCAGACGACCGUAGCUGCAUUCGCACCGGAACCACGACCCAAGACCGAAGAACAGGACUCCAAAGAGCCAGAGCAGCCUCCAUCACCUGAUCCUGCUCAUUCCGUCCAUGAUCAUGAGGAUUCGCCGCUGUUCCCGGAAUUCCGGCUCGUUCAGCGCGAUGAUCCAGAGGCGUAUGCGUUCUCAACACCUCAGUUUUCGGCGCAUAAGCUACCGCGGGAAGUGGUGGAUGCGUCCAGAGCGGGACCAGGGGGUAUGAAGGAGUUUAUGGGCCAGUGGCAGGAUAUUCUGGCUAAGAGAAUGCAAGAAGAUCAAGAAGUAGGGAGUGAUGCGGAUGAUGAUUGA